ACAACCAGUACUAGCUUUCCAAUAGCUAAUUAGUCUUUGAAGAUAACUUGAGGGCGAUGAACUCUAGCUGCCAAAUUUGUAUGACUAUUCCUUGCAAUAUACGCGUAACUGUGACAGUCACAUUAAAUUCUUAGUCUUCUUUGACUCCGAGAAGGAACAUUUCAACUGGAAGAAAAUUCUUGAUCAAGCAAGAGAAUGUACACCGCAAAAAGUAUCUAUGAGAUUUCCAUAGUACUUGGAAGUCCACAGUGAUUUUGUAAGUUUCAAGAUUUCAGCUAAAUUUGUUGGUGCCAUCCCUGAACCAAAGCUCGAAAAGGUCGAUGGGGCGUAAAGGCAAAGGAAGGAAAUCUCAUGGACGACUGAGAUCGAUAAAACAUCAAACUAGCACUAAUGGGCAGCCUCCGGAAUGGGUGAUCAACAUCAACAAAUGUCUUAACGAGGGUCCUGAAUUGGAUUCAGGUAGAUCAUGGACUAUCUAUAGAAUACCCAGAAACUUGGUUAAUGUUCAUAAGCCUGCUUACAUCCCCAAAAUCAUAUCAAUCGGUCCAUUUUAUUACCAAGAAUCUCGUUUACAAGCCAUGGAGGAGCACAAGACGCGUUAUCUAAUGCGUAUCCUGGGAUACACUGGCCUCCAACAUUCUGCAGUUACUACAGACAAUACUACUAAUAAUCAAGAUAACAAAGGUAAACUAGAACUAGCUGAACCAUCUUCCCAUAUGCAGCAGCAACGACGUCUUUCAGGCAAAGACAUUCGUUUGGAAGAUUUAGUCGCAGCGAUGAAGGCUUUGGAAAGGAAGACAAGAGAAUGCUACUCAGAGAAAUUUGAUGAUGUCGAAAGCAACGAUUUUGUCCAAAUGAUGGUAACCGACGGUUGUUUCGUGAUUGAGCUACUUCGCCUUUUCUAUAACUACUACUUUGAAGAUGACAAUAAGGAAUCAGUAAGUGAUCCGAUCUUCACUACACGAUGGAUGAUUCGUUCUUUGCAGCGCGAUUUAUUGAUGUUACAGAACCAGCUUCCCUUUUUUGUUCUAAAUGAACUAUUCAACUUAACGAGCUGUCCUGGAAAGUCUAACAUGUCUCUAGUCGAUCUCACAGUCAAGUUUUUUGCUCCACUUCUUCCACGGUAUGAUGUCGACAGUAACAGGGACAUGAGAGGUGAUCAUACUGAGUAUGAUCACUUACUUGACAUACUGCGCACAAGCUUCAUUACAGAGAUUCAGAACAAGAAGCCCAUAUCACGCUUAAGGAAACCUCCUCAUGCGACUCCAAGUGUCCGAUUUGUUCAGGAGAAGCAAUUGAUUCAUUCUGUUAAAGAACUACAAGAUGCAGGAGUGAAGUUCUUGAAGAAAGAACAGAGCAACUUACUAGACAUUGAUUAUGAGGAUGGAAAGUUAAAAAUUCCUCCUCUCUACAUUGACGACAACACCGUUCCUGUCUUGCUAAAUUUUGUGGCUUACGAGCAAUGUGAUGAGGAGGCAGAGCCUUAUUUCACAAAUCACUUGAUGUUCUUUGAUAGUUUGGUGAAUUCAUCAUUGGAUGUCGAGAUACUGCACAACUAUGGCAUAGUUGAUCAUCUUUUGGGAAGCGAUAAAGACGUAACUAAUCUCAUCAAUCGGUUAUGUAGAGAGAUUGUUUACGACGUCGAGAGUUGUCACUUAUCUAAGCAAAUGAGGGAAGUGAAUGAUGCUUACAAGGCAUAUUAUGCUACAAGAUGGCAUAAAUGGUGGGCGAAUUUGAUCCGUGACUACUUCAGCAGCCCAUGGACAUUUCUCUCACUCCUUGCCGCCAUCAUUUUAUUGCUUUUAACAUCGGCCCAAACCUUUUUUGCUAUCUAUGCUUAUUUUAAACCACCAAAUACAUAGCUUAUUUAUAUCUGGAUAGCUACGCCUGCCUGCAAAAUUUUGGAACUUAUAUUUUGUUCCUAACUUUAUCUGUCAUUAUAUGAAAGCUAUACGGAUAUAUGUAGUCUGCAGUGUAGUGCAUUAAAGAAAUUCAUAUAUAUAUUAUAUGUUUCGAAAACGUUCGACCACGUAAAAAUCUGGUUAAGAUAGGAUAAUGAACGUGCAUGCAUGUAUCAGCUACUUACUCAUAAUGACUUGCAGCUGGCAAGUGAAAAGCUUUAUUUUAUAAAAAAAA